AUGAAAAGAAAAUAAUAAUUAUUAGGUAAAUUAAUACAUUCAAUAUUUAUACAUAGAAAUGCUUCUAACACGUUAUGAAUUUAAAUACAAGUGCAAUAUCAUGCUUAAAAAAUAUUAAAAUAGAUAAAAUACAAAAAUUCUUUUUAUCAACAAAAUCAAAUUUCAUGAUUAAACUUUAGAUUUUUUAAAAUUUAACAAUAAUUUAAUACAAUGA